UGGCUUUGUAAGGAUUAAGCCAUUAAGGAGUGUAAGGAGCGGUGCGAAGCGUGCUCACUGGGCAAAGUAAAGAAGUAAAGCCGAGUGCAUUGCGCACUAGGCGUUCGGUGUACGGAGAGAGGUUUGAAGGUUGUCGUGCACUGGUUCGGCGUCGGAUUCGUAGAGACUGGAUACUCGGGCUUGUCGCAUGCUCUUCUGGAAUUAAACGAGCAAAAUACGAAAGAUACAGGGAGUGGGGGAAGGAGGCACGAGGCAUGGACGGAGUUAUUUUUUCAUGGCUCUUGUCCUUUUUCCUCGAAAUCGCUAUCGUCUGCCUCAUCGUUUACCAGCUCAUGUGUUUAGCGGACCUUGAGUUUGAUUAUAUCAACCCUUAUGAUUCAACUAGACGGAUAAACAGCGUGAUUUUCCCAGAAUUUGUCAUACAAGGAGUCCUUUCCUUCCUCUUUCUUGUAACAGGGCACUGGUUUAUGUUUUUGUUGUGUGUUCCAUACCUUUGCUAUAAUGUCAGAAUGUACAUGCGGAGGCAGCAUUUGGCAGACAUUACUGAGAUCUUCAAUAUGCUCAACUGGGAAAAGAAGCAACGGCUUGUCAAGCUGGCCUACCUUGUUAUCUUCCUCUUCCUCACUAUAUUCUGGUUGAUUUAUAGCGUAUUGGAGGAUGAUGUGUGAUCUAGCAUUGGUGCUUCGGUGUUUCAUUGUCCUUGAGAAUGUUCCCACUAUUGCCAGGUCUCUCUCCCACGCUGAUUUCUGAUGAUGCAUCUGAAGUAGGCGUCUCUAGCUCGGCUUGCUUGUGCUGUAUUUGUGAUGGUCCUAUAUUGCUGUACUCUAAUGAUUUAUUUCAUUAGUUUCAUUAUCCAAUCAUAGUUGCGUUCUUUUACUAGUUUCUUCAGUUGUUCAUUCAUGGUGGAGAGACCAUGUUUUGCACAAAGCCCAUGAUAAAUUAGCUCUGCGAGCAUCUCUGGUUUCUUUCAAAUGGUUCGGAAAUUACAGAAUAGUUUUAUGAAGACACACUUCCUUCUUUUUUAA